UAAAGCUGAACCACGCUGGUAGCAGCAGAGAUCCUCUCGAUGCCUCACACGCAGACGUUCUUCACAGCCUCGCGCUGUCCUCCACUUCUCUCUGGAUGCUUAUUGUCUUCGUUCGGGUGACAUGUUUUCAAAGGAGAUGAUUUGGCUGCAUUUCCUGGCGCUUCUGUUGCGGCACUGUGCAGCUGAUCCGUGCAACUGGACUGGGAGCGGUUUUGCAGCUGGCGUGGACUCCAGGAUCGUGCUCCAGGUGCGGUUGCGCUGUACCCAGGGCUGGGUGAGGUGGGUCUUCCCGGGCCAAGCUGUCAGAUUGGUCCUGGAGCCGAACCUGUCCUCCAACCUGCGCACAACUGUCUGCAUCAAACCUUCUCCCUCCUUCGGCGGAGCCAGCGUGUUCAUCGAACGCGCAGGAGAGCUGGAGCUGCUGGUGACUGAUGGCGAGCGGCAGCGCCAGGUAUUCUGUUUCCGGGCGGAUGGCGCGCGCACGCCCGCUCUCUACCUCCAGCCCAGCCCGCUACAGAGUGACGGACACUGGAGCAGACGCACUAUGAGCUUCAGGUAUGAGCUUCUGAGGAACAGGAGAGCGGCGCGCAACGUGGGCCACAGCAGCGGGAUACAGAGUGAGUACAAGUCUUCCUGUCGACCCUGCAAUGACACAGAACUCCUCAUGGCCAUCUGCAACAGUGACUUUGUGGUCCGCGGCUACAUCAAGAAUAUCACCCACUACCCUGAAAGUCAGACGUCGUUGGUGGAGGUAUCAGCAGUGAGGCUGUACUGGCAGCGCAGUGGACUCUUUAACAGACAAGAGGCUUCUGGUGCUUCUGAGUCUGUCUCAUCUUGGCAUGGACACAUCAACACACUCCUGCAGUGUCACAUAAAGCCCGGCGAUGGAGAGUUCCUUUUCACUGGCUCAGAACACUUUGGUGAAGCCUGGUUAGGGUGCGCACCACGGUACAAAGACUUCCUGUCUGUUUACAAGACAGCCCAGGCAGCACGUCUGAAUUCCUGUGACUUCCCUUUAGAUUGAGGGUCUUGUUAUUAAGCCCAAACGUUUUUUAUCCACAGGCAUUCUGCACUUGCACUGUCGGAUCCCUAACAUUUUAAUAUGCUGUCAAGGUGGCGUCACCAGCAGGGGUAAAGCUGCUGCAUUUCUGGUGAAAACCCCAGUUGGAAGAGAAGGACAGAAGCAAGCAGCAGGGGCGUCCUGCACUAAGGCUCAGAGAGAGACAGCUUUUGUCUCUUUCCCAUCACUGUCCUUGCUCCUAGGAGACUGAGAAGGGGUCGGGUUGCUGCUCUCUCUUUGUGCUUCGCUCCAGAUCGACUGUUGUUCACUUUGCUGCCUCUGUGUGUGUCAGUUUGCCCUCUGAACCGAGGUGGGAGGGAAGUGCCACAAUUUUGAAUCGCCGGUUGGUUUUAAUGGAGACAGGCUUGCACAUGUGCGAUGGUGGGGUUAUUUUUAAUCCAUUUUAAUAAUUUGUGCUGUUUCACAUCCUAUUUGUUUUGUGUAUUUAUGACAUGUAAUGUACUGUACUUUUUUAUUUUGUUUAUUCAAAUGAUGCUUAACAUUGUCCAAAUCUGGUUAAACAAUGUUUUAAUUUGACCUUAUUUCAAACUUUGAUUUUAAAAAUGACCUUCCUCCAAAAUAUUUUGUUACAUUUUCUUUUUUCAAAGACCACAUGGAAUCCUUUAGGUAUUUGGAUGGGCCUAAGACCACUCUGCAGGUCUACAUAUAUAUAAUUGAUUUACUGGAUUAUCUACAGCCACAGUUCUCCCUCUGAUGUAAUUUUAAUGCACAUUAAAGUGGAUUUUG